AGUCUACCCACGAGCGUCUCCCUCUUUCUUGAAACUCUUCGCACGACAUCUCCUGCGUCUUUCCUCGCAAAGCUUAUCGUCUGAACUGAUGAUGCAAAAGUCGUCUUCGCUUCACGGGCUCGCGCACCAGUUCUCAGAUCAAGCGUCCUCCGUGUCCCACCAAAAAUCUCGCCUUUGCCUUUUUCCCCACCUUUCCAACGCACUUUAGUCACGACCCAAGUUUCGAGAAAGCCCGAUAAGGUUCCAUUAACGCAGGCAGAGGAAGAGAGAGAGAGAGACCCAGAGGGAGGGAGAGAGAGACCCAGAGAUCUUUUUGCGCUGUGCCCAUUUGCUCCACGUUCAAGUAGAGCUCAAGAGUUUGGGAGGAGAGCUCCUUGGGGACGACGGAGAAGAGAAUGGCUUCCGCGAAGGAGUCGCGCGCUGCCUCGGCGGAGGGCGCGAAGGUCAAGGGAGUCCACACGCAUGGAGGCCGCUACGUGCAGUACAAUGUGUACGGGAACUUGUUCGAGGUCUCGGCCAAGUAUGUCCCUCCCAUUCGUCCCAUUGGUCGAGGCGCUUACGGUCUUGUCUGUGCUGCUGUGAACUCGGAGACCAGAGAGGAGGUUGCCAUCAAGAAGAUUGGCAACGCAUUCGAUAACAGGAUAGAUGCCAAAAGGACAUUGAGAGAAAUCAUGCUUCUCCAUCACAUGGAUCAUGAGAAUAUUAUAGCCAUCAAGGACAUCAUACGGCCACCCAAGAAAGAAACCUUCAAUGAUGUCUACAUUGUUUGUGAAUUGAUGGACACUGAUCUUCAUCAGAUAAUUCGGUCUGACCAACCAUUGACGGAUGAUCAUUGUCAGUACUUCCUGUAUCAGUUGUUGCGAGGACUGAAGUAUAUACACUCCGCCAAUGUAUUGCACCGCGAUCUCAAGCCUAGCAAUUUGCUUCUAAAUGCGAAUUGUGACCUGAAACUAGGAGAUUUCGGUUUAGCAAGGACAACGUCUGAGACAGAUUUCAUGACUGAGUAUGUCGUCACACGAUGGUACCGAGCACCCGAGUUGCUCCUCAAUUGCUCAGAGUACACUGCUGCAAUCGACAUAUGGUCUGUUGGUUGCAUACUCGGAGAAAUUGCAACCAGGGAGCCUCUGUUCCCUGGUAAAGACUAUGUUCAUCAGCUGAGGCUAAUCACAGAGUUGAUAGGCUCUCCUGACGAUGCCAGCCUCGGUUUUCUCCGAAGCGACAAUGCCAGGAGAUAUGUCAGGCAACUUCCACAGUACAGGAAACAACAGUUCUCUAUGAGAUUCCCAAACAUGUCUCCCGGUGCCAUCGACUUGCUAGAGAAAAUGCUCGUGUUUGAUCCCAACAAGCGCAUAACCGUUGAUGAGGCGCUUUGCCACCCUUACCUAACAUCUUUCCACGACAUGAACGACGAGCCGGUCUGCCCCAGGCCCUUCAACUUCGAUUUCGAGCAUCCGUCGUGCACCGAAGAGCACAUCAAAGAGCUCAUCUGGAAAGAAUCCAUGAAGUUCAAUCCCGACCCCGCCUGAUUAGGAACAAUCGGACGCAGCUUCGCAUACUCUCAGGAUAAUGUCGUGGAAACGAGUCCUCCUGCGAUCCAAUUGGCCCGUCGCCUGUUAGCUAGAGCAAGUGGGAGAGGUGUUAAGAGUCGUCUGUUUUUAUAUAUGGGAAUUGAAGUAAACUCCAGUAUAAGGCGCCUUUGUGAAUUGUCAUUCUGAGGGAAAUUCCAGUUCUCUGGAAAUAAGGAGAUAUAAAAGAGAUAUGUUAGAGCAGGCUACCUUAAUCCUUAUGUGAGCUAAACUAACUUGGAAUUGAAGCAAAAUGAGUACAUCUCAUUUGUUA